AUGAGAUUUACUUAUAAGCAGUAUAAGAAGAGGAUAUAUAUAGAUGGUCAUAAAAGAGAGGAUGUUGCUGAAUAUCAUCAAGAGUUUUUACAAAAAAUGAAGGAGUAUAACAAAUUAAUGCCAAAGUGGUUAGAUGCUAACUGUGAAAUUCAUGAAAUGCUACAUCUCUUACCAGAAGAGAAUAAACAUAUGUUAGUUACUCAUGAUCUGUUAAAAAAGAAAGGUCUUGGCCUAGAACUUCAUGUUAGUAAGUUUCUUACUGAAGAAAUUGAGAGAGUAUGGGUAUUUGACAAUGCAACUAGUCAUACUAUAAUAGCACCUAAUGCACUAGUUGCCUCCAAAAUGAAUCUAUAUCCUGAUGGCAAACAAUCAGAAAUGAAGAAUACUAUUUGGAAUAGUGAAAUGCAAAUGAUGAUAUAUUCUGAUAAUCAUGAAAAACCUUCUUUACGAUCACAACCAAAAGGAAUAAAAGCUUUUCUUAAAGAGAAAGGUCUUUGA